ACUUGUAGUAGUCCAGGGAAGUAAGCAGAGCUCCUUGCACUGCAGACUCUUGUGAACACCGGGACACAUUAGACCCUAGUUUCCUCACUGUGUUCGGGAAAGGAAGCUCAGGAGACAAAAUGCAGAGAGAAGAUAACCGAGUCCAAAGUGUGAGAAAUGACAAAGAAGCCAAUAGGAGGAGGAGGCUGAGGCAAGAAGGCCAAAGUUCCUCAGGUCCGUGUGAUAGCCCGUGGACUGAGGAUGAAAUCUGGAUCUUGCUGCAAGAGUGGGCAAUGGUUGAAUAUGAACUCGGAGACCCAGGCAAUAAGAUGCAUGCGAAGGCCAAGUCCCUUAGCAGACGCCUCUCUAAUCGGGGUCUGAGGAAGAGCAAGAAUAGCUGCCUUGAUGUGAUGGUGAAGAUGAAGGACCUGCACACACGUCUUUGUAACGAGAGGCCCCGGGCUUACCGCUUGUAUUCGACUUAUGAAUGGAUCCUGUACGAGAUCUUGGGCCACCCCAGAUCCCAGGGAGGCUAUGUGCCAGGUCCUUGGUUUGAUGGGCACGGUAACCCACCAGCUUCCUAUGCAACUUCCCUCUGCAUUGGUGGUGCCAUCUCUCUAGGCCCUUCCUUUAGCCCAUGGACCGACCCUGAAAUCAAGAUCUUCCUGCAGGAGUGGCAAGUGGUUGAACGGGAAUUUGGCCACCCAGGCCAGAAGAUCAAGCAGAAGAGCAGUCUUGUUUGCCAGCGUCUCUAUCAUCGAGGCCUGUUCAAGGACAUCCAAAGCUGUUUGGACCUGAUGUGGACCAUGAAGGAUCUGCACUCCACUCUCAGUAGAGAGAGAUCAAGGACUGUACCCUUGUUUUCUCCUUAUAGAGAUUAUCUGGAAAGGAUCUUCGACCCCAAAUGUCAGAGAGGCCAUGUUCCAGGUGUUCAGUAUAAUUGGUCUGGUUACCACAGGCCUUCCUCAAACCCUCAAACUCCAAUGGUGAUGCCAUCUCCUGUAUACCAGCCUUGGGAUUAUGGCAUGGCUGCAUCUUCUGGUCAGCUUCCCUGGAUCCCAUUACUAAUCAUGUCCAGUCAGGACUUACUGGUUCCCAGAUGGGAUGCCUGGAAUGCCACCUAUCCAUUGCCAGUUCAACAUGUAUUUCAGGCCUCUCUCCCUGGAGACAACAACUUUCAGCAGCUGUGGUCACCUCGUGAUGAGAGCUCAAGUCCUCAGUGAAGACAUGUGGGGACUUUUCUUUUUCCUCUGAAAACCACUAAGAAUCUUCCAGCACUGUAUGGAUCCUCAAUGUCUCUAUUUUAUUGUAAAGGAAAUGUGAAAUCAAAUAAAUUAUUUUGACAC